CCAUACUUCACUACAGAUACAAGUGACCGUGGAGUUAUUCAUUUGUUGGAGAGGCUGGAAGCUACAGCGCUGACAUAAUCUAUAUGGUCUCAUCCAAAGGAGUGAUCGUCCUCCAUGGAUUUGAUUGAUGCAGUCACAAGUGGCUCUGUGACGUUCCAGUUGUCUGUCAGCGUCGAUAUGGCUCCAGCAGUGCAGAUUCCGGUCUACAGCGUUCUUCCCAGUGAGAAUGUAGUUGCUGCUAGUGUGCCGUUUGACACCGAUACGUGUUUCCAGAACCAGGUGUCUCUGCAGUUUUCUCCAGCUACGGCUGUUCCUGCGGAGGGAAACGUUCUGAAGGUUUCUGCUCAAGCAGGAUCUCUGUGUGGCCUCAGUGCUGUAAAUCAGAGCGUCCGGAUCAUGGAGCCAGGAUCAUGGAGCCAGGAAGACGUCUGAGUGCUGAAAGGGUGUCUGAGUGCCUCAAUCAGGUUUUUUGUUUGGGCUUUUAAUCUGAAUAUUUCAGUGUGUGGCACUUCUGAUUAGAAUGCCACUUUAGUUUACUCCGGCCGUCUGUGCGACCGUCCGUCUGUCUGUCUGU